AUGCGCCUUCGACUCCUCAUCCAGCGGUACUCUCUCCCGCCUGUCACCAUCAUACACACAACCGGCAGUGGGCCCGCCUCGCAUACAAAGUCCCGCUCUGCCACGAUCGCCGACCUGCUCGCCGAUGUCAACGACCUUGUUCCUCUAGAGUCUGCGGACGGCGAAUGGGGUCUGGAAGACUACGUCGUCGAAGUCUCAGCCACUGCGGACCAACACUUGACGUACGAGUGUCUGCACUACCAGACACUGCAUAGUGUAUUAAGAGAAGAUGAUGAGGUGGUGAUUAGGGCACUAAGCAAUGACGAUCUAAGGGCGAGGAGGUUGGGUGGACGACAUCAGAUCACAGGCGACGGCAGACACUUGAUCGAUGGUGUGGCAUUCGGCAAGCAGUGGUUGAGGAAGACUGCGCGACCGGGUGUCCUUAUCCCGCCUAGAAAAAGGAGGAGGAUUCUCUUUGACGAAGAUACCGAUGGGCCAGCAGGGGAAGAUACUGGGCUCAUCCUUCCCGCUGCUGAUGAGGAAGAGGCGUACACAAAUGCUUUGGUACCAUUUACGAGCGGGGAAGAAGAGGAUGAUGAUGACGAGGACGAUGAUGACUACGUGGAAGAUGAAGCCAAUGCUGAUGUCGACAACUCACAAUUGCAAGUCACCAUCAGAGAAGAGUUCGACGAUGCCGAUGCCGAUGCAGAAGACGAGGCGGACCUCGAUGGUGGAGAUGAAGACGAGCGCCUGUCCUCAGAGCUUAAGCACUUGCUUGAAGACGCUGCCGAAAUUGAACAAGCAGGUAACAUGGCCAUUGCACUGCAAGUCCUUGACAAGAGGCUGAAAAGAAAACGAGACGUCGGAGACGACGGCGAAGAGUACGAGAACGAGACAUUUGAAGGCUUCUCCACUCCCAUACAUAGCUCACCUGCAAAGGUGUAUGGCAAGUCCAAUGGUCGACAAGAAGGCAGGGCUGAGUUAAAGGACGACCGGGACGGAGGCUUGGAGAAUUUAAUAGGGGAAAUCGCUGAUCGACAAGACCAGAAAAGUGCCAGAGACAUUAUGGUUUGGGACGAUGAUGAUGAAUAUGACUCCGAAGAUUCAGAUAUGACUUCGAGCUCCGGUAUCACAUCAUCCGACACCGACACGGAUUCUGAUGCUGAUAGCAUGAUGGAAGAUAUUGCCCUGCAGCAAUCCAAGAAGAGGGUUUUGAACCUCGUCAGAGGUCUUGAAGUGGACAACAAAUCAACCGGGCUUGAUCCGGAGGAAGUCGAGAGUGAGAGCGAUAGCUCCUCUACCUCGGAUUCCGAGUCUGAAUCUUCAGACGACACCUCGUCAGAAGCUACAACAUCCUCUGAUUCCCAAUCCGACUCUGAAUCCGACUCUGAGUCCGAUGCUGAAGAGGCCAAAGCAGAGAGUCCACUUGUGUCCAAGACAGCUCCACCUACAGCAGCCAUCCAGACACGUGAAUCUCCAGAAAAGCCUGCCAAACCAUUGGUAGGCGUUCCCUUCCAGGGAACACAUAAAACGCAUUAUAACAAUGCCAGGGUAAAAAGAAGGAGGCGACUCAAUGAGCUUAAGAGGCAAGGAGCGCUCCCUGAAAAUGCAGGCUUCGAGGAACUAGCGAGAUACGAGACCAUGGAACAACAAACGGUGGAAGAAGAACAGUUGUCAGGUGUCAAACAGCCAGCCGACCCCCCAGUUCAAGAGGAUGCACCAGAUGCGGAAAGUCGUACAGACGCAACGGUCAAAUCAGCCGAGAAAGAGGGUGACGAAAACUUAAAGUCUUCAGAUUACGCAGACUCAGCAGUAACCAACGAUGCUCUCACAGCGUCUGUGUCAGCCGAGCUCAAGGCCAUUGAGACCUCUCAAACCGAACCACCAAUUGCCCCGGAGUCGACCCCAAAAAGAGCAAGACUUGAUCUGGCCAGUACUCGUCGUCUUGUCUUCGGUUCUCUCGGCUUAAGAGCGCCAAAGAACGCCAAAGAAGACCAGGCAUUGAGGGUCAAGCUGUCACAAAACAUUCGGCAACCAAAACAGCAAGAAGGUCAUCAUGAGAACAGUGUUUCCGAGUUUUCACAACGGUCGCCAGUCGAGGGAACUGAUGACGAUUUCUGGAAGAACAGAUUGAUCGUAUCGGCAGUCGAAUGCGAAGAGCCUGGGGCAUUCUUACCACCGCCGCCAUUUCCGUUCGAACAGGGGUGGGCCAAACCGGACAGAAACAAGCGGAAACUACGUGAUCAAAGCCAGUAUUACCAGAGUAGAAAUGACCGGUCGCGUGGGAAGGACAAAGGAUCUUUUGCACCUGUUGUUUCAACUCUGGAAUAUGAUGAUGUCUCAGCAGACACUUCGAGCACUCAUGCUGUGCCGACGCUUGAUGGAAAUUCGGAUAUACCAGCUCAGGAAGAUCUCGACAGCCUUCCAGAACUCGAGCAGGCAAUGGUUCUGCCAGGCGCCACUAUUGCCUACAAGGAACUGCACGUCGAUGCUUCGACAAAUUAUCAACCAGAAGUGUCUCACUACAGAAUUGGCCAAGUAACGCAAGUGGAUGAGGACGGUACAGUUCACCUCCACUUGAUGAACGGCUCAAGAGCUGCAGAUUCGAAGGGUAAAGUCGAUCCACGUACAGGCGAAAGGGUCUACGGCAAGUUCGAGCUAGCCAGUGAAGAUGCAGAUACCGGAGCUGACGAUGGUCUCCGCGAAAUUUCGCUCGCGGACAUGAUCUCUGCGAAGCUGUUCAAGCCCUCUACGAUCGAAGUUCCCGAUAGUAACCAUGCUAGCGGGUCAAGGGGCAGCGAAGCACCUCUAUCAUCGAGCGAAAAUCAAUUUGUCAACAUCCCUGAGUCAGCAGAACAAGAUGUUCAGCUGAAUGAAGCAGAAAAGCAAAGUUCAGCCAUCGACACAAUUGAUACACCUCGCAAACAAGAAAUCAAUGGGAUAAUCAAGGAGGCGGGCUUCAAUUCAGCUCUAGAUGAAAAUUUACUUCGACCUAUCCCUGACGUUGCGGCCGGUGACGUGAAAGCGCCCUCUGUGCCCAUCGAAGAAGAGGCCCAACCGCAAGGGCAAUACCCCCACAGAUUUCGUCCAAGAUCCCCCGGUCUCGACUUGCCUUUGCCUGGUAUGAAUACUUCAUCGGACGUGGACCCCAGUACCACUCACAACGAAGGAUCAGGUGAUGCUGGCGCGACUGGGAGCUCCCAGCUCCCUCCAACCUCGUCACCAUUGAUACCGACCCAAGAAACCGUAGACUAUCCUCACAUCUCUCAAAUGGACAUCCAUUCUUCAGAAUCUAUGGGCAACACCAACAGCAGCUCGCAUCAGGAUGCACAAAAGGACUCACUAGCUCCCUCAAUUGAUCUAUCCUCUGCUUCUGACCCGAAGACAUCAUCAAACGAGAUGUCGAGUGGCAAGAAGGGUGAACUAGGAGCUGAAGGCCUUGGUAAUGAGAACCAUAGCCAUUCAGAAGGCGAGCCUAACUCACUCGAGUCGGAAAUACCGGAGUCGCAAUCCCAAAAGACCUCGAUGCCUUCUCAAAACAUGACAGCCGAUGGUGAAGAAAUAGGAGACAGGAGUUCUUUUUUAGGAGAACUUGGGUACGAUGGUCACGACUCAUCGUACCAUGAUUCCGGCAAUAGUGACGAUGACAGCGAUUUGCCCUCCCUGAGCGAACUUCUCUCCACCCAAAGAAACCGCAGACGGACCCGAUCGCUCACCAAAAGAGUGUCCCCUCCAGCUCCAGCAAGGAAGUCUCUUCGCAAUGCGACGAAAAUGGCAGGAAAGAGCCCAACUCCGCAGGGUAGUCCUGAUCUUUCGGCUCGGCACCGGGCUAAUACCAAGGUGUCGCAAAGCCAGAGCAAGUCUAGACUGUCCCAGGUUUCUUCAGGAUCACCUGUGGUGGAUCUCACUUUCUCAAGCGAUCCGCAAAGUCCGCUGACUGACGAUAGUGACCUGCUUUACAGCCAGAAGAAGAUUAAGUCUGAAGUCAACAAUCUCAAUCGUGGCACGAGUGCGAGGACUGGGAAGCAGGAUAGCGGGAUUGGGAGUAGAAGACUGCUAACCACGAAGAAGGUUAGAGAGUACUAUUGA